AUGCCUGGAGCUACAGCAGCCAUGCUGCUGCACCGUGAGCUGAAGGCCAAGGGGAUCACAGAGCACCUGACCCUGCACAAAAGGAAAGUCCAACCAGGGAAGACAUCCACCCUGACAGCCCCCAGGAGGCCUGGUGAGGCCAAGGAGAAGGGCCCCAAACAACCAACGGACGCAAAGAAGGACCCUCCCACCCCAGGUGGGGUGAAAAGGGGACCCAUGAAGCCAGGAGAGGUGAGGAAGGUUUCUCCCAAACCAGGUGCAGCCGAGAAGGCUCCCAAGAAAGGCAGCCAGACCAAAGACCAAGAGGCAAGACUGAGUGAGGCCAGGAAGGCCUCCCAGCAGCCCGACAAGGCCAGCCAGACCCUUCCUAGUGCCCCUGGCUCCAGUGGGAAGUCCAAGGUCAAAGGCACAAGGAGAAGCCAAGACGGUGAGGCCCACAUGAACACAAAAGCUAGGAGUCAGAGUUCAAAAUCCACGGUUCCCAAGGGCAAGAUUAGUGACGCUUCUCCAGCCAAAAAGAAGGAAAGCGAGGUCCCUAAAGAGGCUGUUGCCCAAGGGGCCAACGUGGGGCCCAGAGUCAAGGCUGCUGCUUCUCUUAGGGGCGGUGGGUCUAAGACAGAACACCUGGCCAGGAAGACACAGGCCCCCAAGGGCCCAGAAGGCCCAGCAUGCCCACACAGGCCUCCUCACCCACGUUGA